AUGGAGUCAGACUGUGCAGAGCUUGUGGUCCUGGGGCGGUUUGUUUUGGCAGGUCUGGCUGUCUGUCUGGUGCGCUGGAGAGCGAUCGCCGUGUCACCCCUCAGCGUUGGUUCAAGCGGCCUCAGAAUGGACAUCUCCAUACAGCACCCGUGGUUCAGGCGUGGACUGGGGUCGGCGUACCCGGCCCGGCUCUUUGACCAGUUCUUCGGAGAGGGGUUGUUCGACCACGACGUGUUCCCGUACGCGGCCCCCACCGUGAGCCCCUACUACAGGCAGGGGCUGUUCCGCAACUACUGGGACUUCAACAACUCCGGAGUGUCCGAGCUGUGGUCUGACCGGGACAAGUUCACGGUUUACCUGGACGUGAAGCACUUCUCUCCGGACGAGCUGAGCGUGAGAGUGAGCGACGACUACGUGGAGAUCCAGGGCAAGCACGAGGAGAGACAGGACGACCACGGCUACGUCUCCCGCCAGUUCCACCGCCGCUACCGCCUCCCCUCCAGCGUGAACCAGGCGGCCAUCAGCUGCACACUGUCGGCCAGCGGCAUGCUCACCGUCAGCGGGCCCAAGGUCGGCGGGGGCGGCGAGGGCGGGCGUGGCGAGCGCAGCAUCCCCGUCACCCACGACGACAAGACCAACGCGGCAGCUUCCUCCUAA